AUGGCAUUCGAAUGCUCUACUAUCCCCCUCCAGGUAAAGGGCGUCAAGCUCAACCUCUCAACAAUCCACUACUUCAACUUCAACCCCCCAAUCCUCUUCCUACACGGAUUCGGCUCCAGCAAAGAAGACCUAGCCGACCUCUCCCUCCACCCCUCCCUCCAAAACUACGGCUUCAUCGCCUACGAUGCACCAGGCUGCGGCCAAUCCGACAGCACCGACCUCUCCAUAACCGACAUCCCCUUCCUAGUGGCCUGCGCCGAAGCCAUCCUCGCGCACUUCCAAGUCAACAAGUUCCACCUAAUAGGCCACUCAAUGGGCGGGCUGACGGGGCUCCUAUUCGCAAAGCGACACCCGGACCGGGUUCUCAGCUUCAUAGAUAUCAAGGGAAACCUUGCGCCAGAAGACUGCUUCCUCAGUCGGCAGAUCUUUAAUUUUCCGUCUGAGGACCCGGGCGCGUUUUUGGAGGACUUUAUUAGUCGGGUGCGGAAGUCGAAGUCGUUUGGGAGUAUGAUGUAUGCGAGUUCGUUGCCUGCGCGGGUGAGGGCGGGGGUUGUGCGGCCGAUCUUUGAUUCGAUGGUGCGGUUGUCGGAUGAGGAGGACCUGCUUGUUAUGUUUUUGGGGCUGCCUUGUCCGAAGAUGUUUAUGUUUGGGGAUGAGUAUAGAUGGUUGCCGUAUUUGGAGAGGUUGGGGAAGGGGGAGGUGGAGUUGGCGAAAAUCUCGGAGACGGGGCAUUUUCCUAUGUAUUCGAAUCCGGUGGAGAUGUAUCGUCGGAUUUCGGAUUUUUUGCAUAAAGUAGGUUGA